CUAAAUCUGUUUGUGUGUAUACGUGCAUGCCAUAACCGAAUACCAUGGUUUUGAAAGCAGCCGAUGAAAUUGGACUACGCGAAGAUUUUACUCAAGACGGGACUACAGAUCUUAACGGAAGACCUGUCCUCAGACCAGCCACCGGGAGAUGGAAAGCUUGUUACUUUAUGCUCGGCUAUGAAGUGUGUGAAAGGAUGGCAUACUAUGGAAUAGCGACAAAUCUAGUGUUGUAUUUGACACGUGAAAUGAAGGAAGGCACCGUGAAAUCAUCAAAUAGUGUCACGAAUUGGGUCGGAACAGUUUGGAUUACGCCUAUUUUAGGUGCUUAUAUAGCCGACACAUAUCUUGGCCGAUACUGGACUUUCAUGGUUGCUUCCGUUAUUUACCUUGUGGGAAUGAGCUUAUUGACGCUUGUGGUCACUAUACCGUCACUAAAACCACCAUCUUGUGGUAAAAACGUAAGUUACCUCGACUGUGAUGAACGACCUUCGUCUUUCCAAAUUGGUAUUUUUUACUGUGCAUUGUACAUUAUUGCGGUUGGAACCGGUGGAACCAAACCGAACAUCUCCACAAUGGGUGCAGAUCAAUUUGACGAUUUUGAACCGAAAGAAAAAGCUCAAAAGCUCACAUUCUUCAAUUGGUGGAUGUUUAGCAUCUAUUUUGGCACCCUAUUUUCAAACACAUUUUUGGUUUACAUACAAGAUAAUGUCGGAUGGGGUGUAGGCUACAUGAUCCCAACGGUGGCAUUGUUAGCGGCAAUGGUGGUUUUUAUAGUUGGGACACCUCAAUACCGCCAUAAGCCCGCGUCCGGGAGCCCAAUUACUAAGAUGGCCAAGGUAUUGACCGCUACAAUACAUAAUUGGAACCGGGCCCUACCUGAUGACCCCAAAGAGCUUUACGAAUUGAGCCCAGAUAAGUAUUCAGGCCCCGGAAAAUACAUGAUUGGCCACUCGACUUCUUUAAGGUUUCUUGACAAAGCCGCCAUAAGGACCGAAGAACCAUUUUCAGAAUGGAGAUUUUGUCCGGUGACCCAAGUGGAACAGACCAAACAAAUGAUGAAAAUGGUUCCAAUCUUGAUAGCGAUGUUCAUACCGAGCACAUUAGGCGCACAAACCCACACACUCUUCAUCAAGCAAGGUGUGACAUUGGUUCGAUCAAUGGGCCCACAUUUUGAGAUCCCACCCGCAUGUCUCUCUGUAUUCGUGACAAUUUUCCUUCUAAUAAGCAUCAUACUCUACGAUCGUUUUUUCGUUCCCACCAUUAGAAAAUACACCAAAAACCCAAGAGGCAUCACAUUACUACAACGAAUGACAAUUGGACUCCUUCUCCAUGUCUUUAUCAUGAUCAUUGCAAGUGUCGUGGAAAGAAAACGACUAAGUGUCGCUAAAGAUCAUGGCCUUAUUGGAAAUGAUCAGGUGGUUCCUUUGAGUAUCUUUAUUCUCCUUCCUCAAUUCGCGUUAAUGGGAAUUGCAGAUAGUUUCUUAGAAGUUGCAAAGCUUGAGUUUUUCUAUGAUCAAGCACCCGAAGGGAUGAAGAGUCUUGGGACUGCUUAUUGGACGACUAGUAUUGGGAUUGGGUAUUUUCUCAGUAGUUUUAUUCUUUCGACUGUGGCUGAUGUUACAAAGAGGAAUGGACAUAAAGGUUGGAUUCUAGAUGAUUUAAAUGAGUCUCGUAUAGAUUAUUACUACGGGUUUUAUGCGAUCUUAAGCUUCGUGAACUUGUUGUUCUUUCUUGUGGCUGCGAAAUACUUUGUGUACAAUACUGAAGUGAAUGAGUCGGCCAACGAGUUGCAAGAAGAUAUCGGGAAGUUUACUGAACAAGGAUACAUUGCUAGUUGA